UCAAGUUAGGGAUAGAAAUUGGGGAAGAGAAAAGAGCGCGAACACGACAGACGCACCUUUUUGUUCUGCUUUCAAUUUGAAUGGAGUUUGGAGCUUGUUCUAGGGUUUUGAACACCAAUCAACCGUCGUCGUCGUAUUUCAGCCCUACUAUCAGAUUUCAACCAUUCUUUUCAAAUGCUUCGUUUCAAGGUUUCACAGCUAUUCCUCGCAGAAGCGAUUGUUGUUGCAGAGCCAUCGUCAAAGAUUCCGACAACAACAUCAGUAGUAUAUCCGUAGAAAAGGAAAAGGUAAAGAAGAUGUCUGGGGAAUAUUCUCGUGACUUUGAGCUCUCAAGUUUGACAGCUUUGUCACCUCUGGAUGGUCGUUAUUGGGGUAAAGUCAAGGACCUGGCUCCUUAUCUGAGUGAAUAUGGCCUAAUUUACUUCCGAGUUAUGGUUGAGAUCAGAUGGUUGUUAAAGCUUUCACAAAUUCCUGAAGUUACCGAGGUUCCAAGCUUCAGUGGGGAAGCACAGUCUUACUUGCAAGGAUUGAUUGAUGGAUUUACCAUAAGUGAUGCCUUGGAAGUUAAAAAUAUAGAGAAAGUGACAAACCAUGAUGUGAAAGCAGUGGAAUACUUCUUGAAACAGAAAUGCCAAUCACAUCCAGAGAUUGCGAAGGUGCUUGAAUUUUUUCAUUUUGCCUGCACAUCCGAGGACAUUAACAAUCUUGCCCAUGCAUUGAUGCUGAAAGAAGCUUUGAACACUGUCAUAUUUCCUGUCAUGGAUGAAUUAAUUAAAGCAGUUUGUGACAUGGCUAAAGCUAAUGCUCAUGUUCCCAUGUUGUCUCGCACUCAUGGGCAGCCAGCUUCACCUACCACCCUUGGAAAGGAAAUUGCAAUUUUUGCUGUCAGAUUAAGCAGGGAAAGGCUGGAUAUUUCUCAAGUUGAGAUAAUGGGGAAGUUUGCUGGUGCAGUUGGAAAUUACAAUGCACAUCUUGUUGCAUACCCUGAAAUUAAGUGGCAUCAAAUUGCAGAGGAGUUUGUGAAAUCUCUCGGAUUAAGUUUCAAUCCCUAUGUGACUCAGAUCGAAACUCAUGACUAUAUGGCAAAACUUUUCCACUCACUUAUCCAGUUUAACAACAUCUUAAUUGAUUUUGAUAGAGACAUAUGGGGCUACGUAUCUUUAGGUUACUUCAAGCAGAUAACUAAGGCUGGUGAGGUUGGGUCGUCAACCAUGCCUCAUAAAGUAAAUCCCAUUGAUUUCGAAAAUAGUGAGGGCAAUCUUGGGAAAGCUAAUGGAGGUCUAUCCCAUUUAAGCAUGAAGUUGCCUAUUUCACGUUGGCAGCGUGACUUAACUGAUUCAACAGUUCUGAGGACUAUGGGUGAAGGUUUAGGACAUUCUCUUCUUGCGUACAGAAGUGCAUUACAGGGAAUAUCAAAGCUGCAGGUUAAUGAAGCUUCUUUGUGUGAAGACUUGAAUGAGUCAUGGGAGGUGCUUGCGGAACCAAUACAGACUGUUAUGCGAAGAUAUGGCAUCCCAGAGCCUUAUGAGAAGCUGAAAGAGCUAACCAGAGGAAGAUCAGUUACUGAGGAAAGCAUAAGGGAGUUCAUUGAAGGUUUGGAAUUGCCCACCCAAGCAAAGGCUGACCUGUUGGAGUUAACCCCUCAUACCUAUGUUGGAGCAGCUGUUGAAUUGGCUAACGCAGUUGAUAUGGCUGUGAAUUUAGUGAACGGGAGUCAGAAAUUGGGCUGACACUUGGAAGAAUUGCAAAAUUUACUGAUAUGUAUUAUGGUGAUGAUACAUUUCAACCCUCCUUCGAGCUUGCAGGUGAAUUGAAUAGGUGGAAUUUGUGCGACUCAAAAAAGGGAAAUAGAUUUGCAUGAGAAAUUUUUGGGUGCAGAUAGGGCACCAUGCUAGCACCCCAUAUGUGGUAUCCUUCACCCAUAUAUGGGAUGUUGAAAUGGAGUGGAAUGUUAAAACUUCUUGUUGCUACGCAACUUUCUUUGUGUCUUUAUCAUGAUCAUUGCCUCUCCGACCA